GCAUGCGUACGAGAGUGGGCAACAAGUGUCAACACACCCAAACGCACUCGGCCUGCUCCAACCCAAACAUUCAUAGUUUUCUGUUAUAAUGCUAAAUUUUGGGGAAACUGUUCAAAAUGUAAGCUUUCCGUCAAGGUUCUUUAUUCUUUGAACACCUGGCUAUGGAGAACUCAAGUGUGUGGCAUUUUUUGGCAUUUGUUAUUGUUAUCCAUAACCUGUAAAAAGUGACAGGUGCCAUAGAAAUGUGUCACUUAAAUCAUCGUGUGGCCCAUGACAGAUAGGGGGAUCAUGCUAUCCCUGCUGAGUGAAGUCCAUUUUUGGACACUUCGUGAUGAUAUAAGCAUCUCAAACUCAGAUUUUGGUGCAUUCAGGUUUUAUGAUAAAAAGAACAAUGAGGAUACAAUCUCAUUUGAGGGUAAAAAGUCUUAUGCUGAGAAGCGAGGUCAUCUAUGGGUACCACAAAAUAAAAGACCCUUACGAUUGAAGGAUAAUUUGAAAGAGUUGGAGGAACAUUUGUCACAGCAACGUGUUGUUCUGUGUCAAUGGAGGGACUGUAGUCUUCUCCAGUUGAUGUUUAGUUCAGGUCUCUUUGUAAAUGUGGCUGUUAAUGUCUUCACUGGAGACCCAUUGUCUAUAACAUUUGAUAAAUUUCUGAUGGGAAAGCUUCUUUCUGAAUAUGUUGCUGAUGUUGUUCUCACCAAAUCACAUAUUAUCUGUUCUUAUAAUGACGGUCAGCUGUCUAUAGUCUACUUUUCAAAACCAACUUUAAAACGCAGCUUUCCUAAAUCAUUUAGUCGCCUUGACCCACGCUUACAGAUAAUUGAAUUAGCAGGACCUGCAGGCCGCAGACUUGAGAGAAAACUAGCUUGUAAUGUUAGUGGUGACAUGUUUGUAGUGUGGUGGCACAGUUCUCAUGAUGAGGUGUAUCCAUGGAGUCCCAUUGUAAAAGAUGAAGACAGAGCAAAUGUGCUUGUUUAUGGUGUUAGUGGUCUCAAGGUAGAACUACUAUGCCAUCAUCGGUCAGAAUUUGAGCUACUCUCUGUUUCGUUCAGCCAAGUUCACUCUAAUGUUAUUCGAUCUGUGGAGCAGAAAGUAUCGAGAAAUGGUGAGGUGACAGUGGAGUGUAGCUCUUACCAAAUCUCCAGAGGAAACAUGCAAAAAUCCUCUGCAGCAUCUAUUGCACUCCCCACCCAUGUCUGCUGCCAUAGCUUUAGUCCACUCCAGGACAAACUGCUUUUAGGUUGCAUAGAUGGGUCUCUUGUUUUGUAUGAUGAAGCUCUAGGAGUAACACACGUUGUGAAAGCUGCCUUUAUCCCAUCAGUAGUGUCAUGGCAUCCAGAUGGAGGCCUUUUUGUCAUAGCUAACGAACGUUGUCAGUUACAAAUUCUAGAUGUUUCUCUUGCUGUUCUGAAACAGCAACUCUUAAGUGAAGAUGUCUCACCUGGCAAUCUUUUGGAUAUUACUCCUUACUUCCGAGUUCAACCAACCCUUCAAAAUAUCAAAUGGAAUAAAAAGGCAGAAACAAGUUUUUAUGGAGAGAAGUUUGCCAUGUCAGACUGCCUCUUGCUUCUUCUAUUUGAAAGAGGACCACUUUCAGCCCUUCGUUUUGUUGGGGGCGGCGGUUUAUUUGGAGAUAUUCAUGGCUCUGGUGGAUUUACUGUGGACUCACUAGUAGCUCAAUAUUUAUGGUCAAAUCAGGUGGAGAAGGCAAUCAAUUUAUUGUUGACUUUAAACUGGGACAUUGCAGGCAGUACUUGCUUAUCUUCAUUGCAAAGAAUUGUCAAUCAUCUUUUUAAGCAGCCCUUGACUCCAAAUCAUGAAGCUCUGAUUCAAACAGUUUUGGGAUGUUUCCACAUGCCUAUACGUCCAAUGUGUCCAGCUACCAUCGAUGAAUUUAAAGCUCCAGUCAGAGAUCUAACGAGACGGUUCUUUCAUCAGUUGCUGAGGUACAAGCUAUUUGAGAAAGCUUUUCGCCUGGCAAUUGAUUUGAUGGACUGUGAUCUAUUUAUGGAUAUUCAUUUUAGUGCAAAGCACUCAGGUAAAAUAGAAAUAGCAGAUGCUGCCUUGAAAAAGGCAGAAGAGCUUGAUACUAACUCAUACAUCAGCAGCACAUCUGGAUCAUCACAUUCAAAAUGUUCAAGAUCAUCUUGCUCUGAGUGUUCAGAAUCUACCAGUAUGGUUUCAGAUUCUGAGGAUCAAGAAGCUGACUACCCCAGAUCAGCUUCUGAAAAUGUGAAACAGGUAGUGCCUCCCGCUUUGGACAAUGAACUGAAGUUGUCCCACACAAAUCCUCCAUUACCAGUUUUGGUGGAUAACAGUUUGUCAACAAUUUUAGGCAGCAACCCCAAUCUUAACAUUGAGCAUAGCAGGCCUAUGGCAAGAGGGGUCUGGGGUGGUAGGCUUUAUUCAAGUAGAGAAAAUGUGAAAGAAACACACCCACCAACUAAACGUGUACCAGACCCCAUCACUGCUGGUUUUCAAUCUCCCUCUCAGUCCUCACCCAAUGUAGCAUUUCAAAUUGAAAAACCAAAAGUAAAGUUCAGUGAAACAGUCACACAAAUUACAUUACCUGAUCGAUUGCACACAUUGCCAGAAGAAGAGGAGGAAUUACAGUCUUCUAUUCAGCAUCCUCCUUUGGUUUCCUCAAAAAUCGCUAAUCAUCCACAAAAUUCAAAUUCUCAUAAUUUUAACUCUCAAAAAAUUGACCAGUUAUCCCAUAACAGCUUUGUACAUUCUGCUAACUCAAUAGGGAUUCCAAUUGUACCCUUUUCUCCUCAGAUUGGUUUUUCUCUCAAGAGGAAUACAGUAGAUAACCAUGAAAUGGUUUCACCCAAUCAUUAUUUUACAAAAAGCCUUCCCCAAGUGUCUGUCCCAUCUACCACCAAUCCAAAAAUAGGAAGUCUUGGAACAAACCUAUCUUCAAUAAAAUAUGGACCUCCUGCUCCAACUCUGCCGGUGUCGCGUAUGCAUUUCCCAGGCGUGUUGAAGGGGGAGAGUAACAGUUCAGGAAAUUUAUCAAGCCAAUUUCUCGGAUUUAAAAAUGAAUUGCAAGGAGGUGAAGACUCAUUAGGCACUGUAGAGCUCUCUGCUUUACAACCUGGUUCCAGAAGACCUCUCACCUCUAGCCUGAGCAGUUUUGAGAAAAAAUUCAAUUCAGUUUCUGUUGCCAAUGAGACUCAAGGAGCUAAUGCAGCGGAAAACCUGUAUUUCAUGAACUAUAAUAGCACAGUGCAUGAUUUAUCAGAGGAAGAAGAAAGCAAUGGUGCAAUCAAAAUAGUUCACUUUGGAGUUGUUUAGUGAAUGUAUGAACAGUAUUUUUAAACAAGUUCUUGAUUAAUCUCAAUGCCAUACCUGAUGUUUAUUUUGUCCUACGUUAAUGGUGCCAUUUUGUCUCAUUUUUGCUUGGCACCUUAAUUUGGGCAUUUUUCAAAACAGGCUGUAAUUAAUUCGUAUUUGUUAAUAUUUUAAUGAAAAGGAAUUCUCUAUUUAUAUAGCAUAGUUUACUGAUUGUUAUGGAUUUUAGCUUCUGCUAGAGAAGAUGGAUGUUUAUGUGUUUCAUAUUUGAGAAAUGUGAUCAACAAUACUUACCUACCAAUUUGUGAUUAAAUGUGCUCAACUAAUAUUCAGAAGGUUUCAGCUCAAAUAAACUUAACUCUAUUUUCUUCAGAAAAUA